GCUGCUGAUAGGCAAGGCAACGGAGGGAAACUUCUGCCGCUUCAUCAACGGAUAACUCUGAAGAGUCAUUUCAUUCAACAUGUUUUGCCAUCUGAACACUGUGCUUUAAGCUUUCAACCAUGAUUUGGACUAUUGUGUUAGCAUAUUGUGUUGCUUUUGUGUUGGGAAAUAAGACCGAUGAACGAAUACCUUUCUUUCACGGGCAUGUGUUUGAAAACUCUCCACUGGGCUCAAAAGUGAACGGGCUGAGUAUCCCGGUGAAGCGCAUCGACCCGCAGAGAUGGAGCUCGAAGUCCGACAUGCACCUGAAACUCCAGGGAGACCGGAGCGAAGAUUUUCACGUCUUCGCCCACCACCGACGAGGACACAUAUUACUAAAGACCUCAAACGUGCUGGAUAGAGAGGAGCGCUCUGAGUAUUACCUCAGCCUGGCGCUUUGCUGUCGGAGCUGCGCCUCAGCCGAGCGCGUCGUUGCCGAAGUUGCUUCUAUUAAAGUGGACGUGCUCGAUACGAACGACCACGAGCCCACUUUCCGCCACUCAGACGUGAAAAUAACUUUAGACGACGCCACGGCCCUGAGGUCGGUGGUGUACACGGUAAAAGCAGAGGAUGUCGACAGCGGCAAAAACGCCGAGCUUAUAUAUUACGCGCUGCCGAAAAACGGCAGUUUUUAUGUGGUGCCCAAAACCGGCGACAUUCUCCUCGUGGACUCGAUACUCGGUCUCGCGCAGCCCAUAAAGUUCAGCGUGUUUGCGCGAGACCACGGCUGGCCCGUUCGAACCAGUCACAAUAUGGAUAUAGAGAUAAGUCCGCGCCAAUGGCCGGCUCUUUCCCAGCUCGACAACGGACUCUCGAGAAAGUCCCGUUCCGUGAUGGAACCUGACAAACCCAUUAAAGUCACGGUGUCCGAAGACGCGAGUAUCGGCUCGGUUAUAAUGAAUCUGCACCCGGUGAGGUUUCAGUCCGCCAGCUUUGAGCUGACACUACCGGACGCGGAUAACUCUCCAGUCACAGUGAGUCGGGACAGCGGAGAUUUGGUUAUAUCGAGGCGGCUCGACCGAGAGACGCGGCCGUUAGUGGAGAUAACUGUAAAAGUGCAGGAUAAGCGAGGUUCAGAAUGGUAUACAGUGCGAGUGGAACUGACGGUGAUGGAUGUAAAUGAUAACGCCCCAGAAUGGACAAUGGUACCCUUCCCAUAUCUAUGUGUGGUACCUGCUAGUGCUCCGCCCAACACACUGGUCUAUAAGCUUCAAGCCAGAGAUGGAGAUGAGGGCGUCAAUGGAGAGGUGGAGUACUUCCUGUCUGAUGGAGGCGACGGGAGGUUUGAGGUGGACAGGAAAAACGGCCAUGUGCGGACCACAGGUCUACCCCUGCAGAGAGACAGAGAAUACCUGCUAACCGUGGUGGCCGCCGACCGUCAGGGCAGCCGAGGUCCUCCUGCCAUAGUGUCUGUUGUUGCGGGUCCAAGAGCUCCUCAGUUCACCAACGUGUCUUAUACAAUUUCUAUACCAGAGAACAUGCCAGAAGGACAGCCUUUCAUAGUCACUCCAGCAAUGUCCUUUCAAAAGCUGCCAAUAACGUACAGCCUUCUCAUCAAUCCCAGCAGUCUUUUCAGCAUCCAUCAGGAGACGGGGGAGAUCAGUCUGACCCGCAGUGUAGACUAUGAAAGCGAUCAACACCGUUAUCUGCUGCUGGUGAGGGCCAGUGAGAACCAGGACAGUCUCAGCAGUGCUGCGGAGGUGCGAGUAAUCAUCACAGACGAGAAUGACUGUGUCCCAGAAUUCCUGCAGUCAAUUUACAGUAAGGACGGUGUACCUGAGACGGUCACCACAGCAACGUCACUCCUGCAAGUUUCAGCCAGUGAUUGCGAUUCGGAACAGAACGCCGAUAUCACGUACUACACUCUAAUUCCAGAUUUCAUUAUUUCGGCCCAUGGCACCAUAUUCCCAGCAGGCCCUUUGGAUUACGAGAGACUUAACCAUCUGUAUGAGUUUGUAGUGAUGGCAGUGGAUAAGGGCGAGGUGCCCCGCACUGGUACAGCCACCGUACGUCUCCGUAUGGCCAAUGUCAACGAUGAGCCUCCGGAGUUCUCGCAGCCUGUGUAUCGGACCUUUGUCUCAGAGGACGCAGGGCCCAACACUCUGGUCGCAACAGUGCUUGCCAAGGACCCGGAUGGAGAUGGGAUCACAUACAAAAUUACCGCAGGCAAUGAGGAGGGCAACUUUGUCAUCGACAGUCAGAAAGGACUGAUCCGUCUGCGCUCCAGCCCACCUCCCAAACUUCAAGGAAUGAAGUACAUUCUGAACGUAACAGCAACGGAUGACAACGCCUCCGGUGGACUGCAGUCCCUCUCUGCCACUGCCCAGAUCAUUGUUGGAGUAAAUGAUGUAAACAACAACAAACCCGUGUUUGAAAAGUGUCUCGAGUAUAAGGAACGAGCCUCAGUGCUGGAAAAUAAACCAGCUGGAAUGUUUGUGCUGCAAGUUCAUGCAGAAGAUGCUGAUGAAGGGGCCAAUGGAAGAGUAACGUAUGGCUUCAUGCAUAAAGAUAGCACUGUUCCUGCCUUCAGCAUUGAUCCUGAAACAGGUGUUAUCGUAACCGCUAUCAAGUUUGAUCGCGAGAGGCAGAGAGAGUACGCAGUAACAGUGACGGCUACGGACCAAGCGGCAGAUCCCCUCAUAGGCAUCUGCCAACUCAACAUCCAAAUCUUGGACGAGAACGACAACAGCCCCAAAUUUGAGAACCUGCGCUACGAGUACUUCCUGCGAGAGGACACAAAGAUCGGUACCAGUUUUCUGCGCGUGGCUGCGCACGACGAUGAUUACAGCACUAAUGCAGCCAUCACUUACUCCGUGUCUGGAGAACAGCCAGAGUACCUGCGAGUAAAUCCCCUCACAGGCUGGGUCUACGUCAACCAGCCCAUCUCGCAGAGGACCUACAUCAGUAGACAGAUCAUAGCUACAGACGGUGGAAACCGUAGCAGUUUAGUUGAACUGGCUGUCACUAUCACCAACGUAAAGAACCAGCCGCCGCAGUGGGAGAAGGACAAAUACGAGGUGGUCAUACCUGAAAACACUGUCAGAGACACUCCAGUUGUGACUAUCAAGGCCACUUCUCCACUGGGUGACCCAAGGGUGACUUAUAAUCUGGAGGAUGGAUUGGUUCCAGAGAGCAACAUGCCUGUUCGUUUCUAUCUAACGCCAAAUCGUGAAGAUGGCUCUGCCUCUAUCCUUGUUGCAGAACCUCUGGAUUAUGAAAUCACCCGCAACUUUAUGCUUAGGGUUCGAGCGCAGAACGUGGCUCCUGUACCACUAGCAGCCUUCACUACUGUUCACAUAAACAUCACAGAUGUCAAUGACAACGUGCCAUUCUUCACCUCUUCUAUAUACGAGGCAUCUGUGACAGAAGGAGCGGAGAUUGGGACUCAUGUUCUUCAGGUGUCAGCCAAUGAUCUUGACCUGGGGAUGAAUGGGAAGAUCUCAUACUCGCUACUGAAUGACCGCAGUGGUGACUAUCAGUACUUCGGCAUUGAUCCUGAGCUGGGAACUAUCUACACAGAGGCUGUGUUUGACCGCGAGACCAAGGGAUCUUACCUGCUGGAGGUGAAGUCAGUGGAUGGCUGGGAGUCUGCCAGGCCGGGGAAGCACGGGCAACCCAAUUCAGAUACGGCGUACGUGCGCAUUUUCAUCAGUGACGUGAACGAUAACAAGCCGGUGUUUUCGCAGUCCGUGUACGAAGUGGAUGUGGACGAGGAUGCUGACGUGGGCUCCACCAUCCUCACUGUCAGCGCUAAUGAUGAAGAUGAAGGUGCCAAUGCCAAGUUGCGCUAUCAGAUUACAUCAGGUAACGUGGGAGGUAUUUUUGACAUGGAGCCUGAGGUGGGAACCAUUUUUAUCGCACAGCCACUGGAUUACGAACAGCACAAGCUUUAUAAACUGCACGUUUUGGCCUCUGAUGGGAAGUGGGAAGAUUACUCCACUGUUAUAGUCACCGUUGUGAAUAAGAACGAUGAGGCUCCUGUGUUCUCUGUGAACGAGUACUAUGGCAGCGUGACCGAGGAGCUGGACGGUUCUCCUGUGUUUGUGCUACAGGUCACUGCCUCCGACCCAGACAAGGAUGCUGACCAGGAGGCUUUGAGGUACUCUUUGCAUGGUCAAGGUGCUGAGAGCGAGUUCAUCAUUGACGAGGUCACGGGGAAGAUUUACGCCCAGAGGACAUUAGACCGGGAGGCGCGGGCAGUUUGGCGCUUUGUAGUACUGGCCACAGAUGAGGGCGGCGAGGGGCUAACGGGAUUCACUGAUGUCAUUAUCAAUGUUUGGGACAUAAAUGACAACGCUCCCAUUUUUGCUUGUGCCCCUGACAGUUGCCAUGGCGAUGUAGCUGAGAAUUCCCAGCCUGGCACUCCUGUUAUGGAGAUGACUGCCACUGAUUUAGAUGAUGCAGCUGUUGGACAGAAUGCAGUUCUGGCUUAUAGAAUUGUGGGUAACGCGGCCUUGAAUGGCGGUAACAGCGGGGCGGAUAUGUUUAGCAUCAACCCUGCUACCGGGACAGUUUUAGUGGCAAUGUCUGGUCUCGACAGGGAGCAGACUGAUACGUAUAUCCUGGUGGUGGAAGCUCGUGACGGUGGAGGUAUGAUAGGGACAGCGACGGCCACUAUACACGUGACGGAUGUUAAUGACCACGUGCCACGUUUUUUUGACCUGUCGUGCUCAGUACGCAUCCCUGAGAGCAGCGAGCCCAACAGCGCGGUCGUAGAGCUGUCCGCUGAGGAUGCAGAUGCUGGAGAGAAUGGUCAGCUGACAUUCAGUGUGGUGGCCGGUGAUCCCGAGCAGAAGUUUUACAUGGUCAGUCAUCGGCAGGAUCAGCGCGGGACCCUUCGCCUCAAGAAGCGUCUGGAUUAUGAAAGACCAGGCGAGCAACGCUUUAACCUCACCAUCAAAGUGGAAGAUAUGGAAUAUUCCAGCCUCCUACACUGCACCGUAGAGGUAGAAGACUGCAAUGACCACACCCCUGUCUUCAUCCCACACUUUCUGCAGAUACCUGCUCUACGAGAAGAUGUUGCUCCGGGAACUAGCUUGGCCAGUCUGGUUGCCAGUGAUUUGGACUCGGGACUCAACCGGGAGAUCACUUACAGCAUUGCUCCAGAGUCCGAUCCAUACCAUCUGUUUUCUGUGGACCAAUCAGGGAUGGUCACCGUGACCAGCGAGUUGGACCGGGAAAAGGUUACACAGCAUCACUUGGUAAUAUUAGCGACAGACCACGGCGUGCCACCUUUGACCGGCACGGCAACUAUCCAGAUGGCUCUGCUAGAUGUAAAUGACAACGGUCCAGAGUUCGAGGCAGCCUAUGCACCUGUUGUGUGGGAGAACGUCAUGGGACCACAAUUCGUGCGACUUAACCAAAGCUCCACUCUACUCAGAGCUGUAGACAGAGAUUCUGAGGAAAACGGAUCACCCUUUUCUUUCUCUGUUCCUCUGGAGUAUCGCUACAGCAAUGACUUUCACCUGCAGGAUAAUGGUAAUGACACUGCAACCAUCACGGCCCUGAGAGCCUUCGACAGAGAGGGACAGAAGGCGUUUUUACUGCCCAUCAUCAUGACUGACAGCGGUAUUCCACCGAAGACCGUCACUAACACCCUUACUAUCACCAUCGGGGAUGAGAAUGACCACGCCCACACAGCUGGACAGAAGAAGGUGUUCAUAAACUGUCACAGAGGGAGAAUGCCCACCAAUGUGCUGGGGAAGGUCUACUCACCAGAUCCAGAUGACUGGGAUAACAAGACAUAUGCCUUCGAGGGACAUGCCCCUAAUUAUUUCAUCCUGAACAAGCGGACAGGGUUCCUCAUUAUAAAGGAAAACACACCGCCCGGGAGUUACGACUUUCAGGUGCAAGUCUCAGAUGGGAUGUGGCCGGAUGCGAUCUCCAGCGUCAAGGUUAACGUGAGAGACCUACGGGACGAUGCCAUCUACAACUCAGCCUCUUUGCGAAUAGCAGACGUUUCCGCCACGGAGUUCAUGGAACGUCGCGGCAAUCUGAAGAGCAGGUACGAGCUGCUGGGCGACUUCUUGUCAGACAUGCUGUCUGUGGGAGCAGACGACGUCAACAUUUUCAGUCUGGUGGAGGUGCGGGAGAGGACGCUGGAUUUGAGGUUCACCGUUCACAGUGCGCCGUUCCUCAGAGCUGAGAAAGUGCACGGAUACCUCGCAGCUCAUAAACAGAAACUACAAUCCUUUCUUCAGGUUAACGUGACCCAGGUUCAUGUAGAUGAGUGUGUGGACGCUGACUGUCGGGGAGGGGGAGGCUGUACCAGCCACCUGAGUGUGACUGACAAGCCAGCGGUGGUGGACUCGGGCAGCAUGGCUCUUGUGUCCGUGACCGUGGAAGCCGCAGCUGUCUGCAGCUGCUCGGCACGCGAACAUUAUCACCAGGGCUGCUCCGUCUAUCCCAGAAACCCCUGCCAUAACGGAGGAAUCUGUGUGGACACGCAGAGUGGAUACAGAUGCCAGUGCCCAGCUCAGUUUGAGGGACCCGAGUGCCAGCAGACAAAACACAGUUUCCAUGGCAACGGCUAUGCUUGGUUUCCCCCCAUAAGGCCAUGCUUCGAAAGCCACCUCUCUCUUGAGUUCAUCACAGAGGUGGCAGAUGGCUUGCUGCUCUAUAGUGGACCCGUCUCCCAGCUUCAACCGUGGGAGCCUGAAGACUUCAUGGCUAUAGAACUGAUCGACGGCACCCCCACCCUGAAAAUCAACCACGGCUCGGGUACGUUGGUCCUGCAGUUGCCGGGCAACGUGAACGUAGCGGACAGACGGUGGCACAGGCUGGACGUGAGGAGCAACAGCAAAGAGGUGCGUUUUACACUUGACCGUUGUGCAGGAGCCACGAUAAUGGAGAUGGAGGGUGUAGGCAGCUGGCUAACCACUGAAGACCACACUUCCUGUGAAGUCACCGGUGUCACGCCAAAUAUGGACAGGCAUCUGAACAUCACUCAGGUACUUCAGCUUGGAGGAGUGAAUGAGAAUCUGCCCUAUAUCUAUCCACAGCUCCAACACAAGCACUUCACCGGCUGCAUCCGAAACUUCAUCGUGGACAGCAAGUUUUAUGACUUAGGAUCCCCAGCAGACUCCUUUGGCAGCACUCCGGGAUGUCUCAUGACUGACAGUAGCUGUGUGAAUAUGGGCUUUCCCUCCUGCGGGACCAGGGGCCGCUGCCACGGCGAGUGGGGUUCCUUCAGCUGUCAGUGUAUUCCUGGGUACAGCGGGCAUCAGUGUGAAAAGGAGGUUCCAGAGUAUUCUUUCGACGGAAGGAGUCAUUUGCACUUUCAGCUGGCCUUCACGCUCCCCGCCAGGCAUACGCAGGUUCAGGUUCUGGUUCGGACCCGCAAACACAACAGCUCUAUUCUCACCCUGCUGUCCAAAGAACAGAAUGAAUACAUCAAGCUGGAGAUCUACCAGGGUCUGUUAACCGUCUUCUACAACCUCGGCGAUGGGGACUUCAACCUGACGAUGCCCUCGUAUCGUGUAGACAACGGCGAGUGGCACGAUGUUCACUUAGAUCGCCACGACAAUGAGAUGACCCUGCGUGUGGAUGGCGGCGGUGGAAGAAGAGAGGUCACGGGCUCGCCAGGUCGCAGUCGGGAGAUUGUUAUCGAUCCAGCCGUGGUGAUGCUGGGCAACUCAUUCCCCUCGGGACACAACAAGAGUUUCCAAGGCUGUCUGCGGGACCUGAGACUCAGUGGGCGGUUUAUUCCUCUAGAUGGUCAGCCCAGAGAGGGGGUGUCGGUGGUCAGUUCUCAGGGUGUAUCUUUGGGCUGUUCCUCUGAUUCCUGCAGGAAAAACCAAUGCAGCCCCCCAUUCACCUGUGUGGAUCUGUGGAGAAUUCAUGAGUGCAGGUGUCCACCAGGUCACAUGGUCAAGGCAAACGCCACAGGAAAGUUCUGCGUGUACACGCUGUGUGCCAGCCGCCCAUGUCACCGAGGGACGUGUGUGGCACAGUCUCCCUCCAAAUUCACCUGUCACUGUCCAGAGGGUUACCGCGGUCGGCACUGUGAGGUGACGCUGGCCAUCUACCGGGAUGACGUGGGACUCAGUUUCAGCUCACUCUUUGCCAUAUGCAUCUGUUUCAUGGCCCUGCUAGUGCUGCUGUUGGGGAUUUUCCUGUACACGCGCUGGCGGAGCUAUAAAGGCUUGAAGGAGGGGGUGUAUCACGUGUCCGCUCACCAUGACGGCUGGGAGGACAUCCGAGAGAAUGUUCUCAACUACGACGAGGAGGGCGGCGGAGAGGAAGACCAGAAUGCAUACGACAUGGCAGAACUUCAAAAGUCUUUGCAGCCCAGUCCAGCCCAGUCGGUGCAGUACAGCCGGUCCCGAGCCAUCCACCACCACCCACCUUCCCAGCAGCAGCAGCAACACUUCUGCCAGCCUGACCCCCCCUCCAGAGCGGGCACCGGCACCUCCUCCUCCAUCUCCUCCAGCACCACCACAGUCCGCCGGGACGUGCCCCCCUCCCGGUCGCCGGCACAAGGCCAGACAGCAAAUACCAGCCGAGCGGCUCAGCUGGCCCGCAAGAGCCUGUCCUUCUCCAGCCAGGACCUGGCCCGCUACCUGUGUGAAAUUAUCCGUGAUGCCGACCAGCAUCCAGAGACGGCGCCCUUUGACUCCCUUCAGGUCUUCUCCACAGAGGGGGGAGGCUCACUGGCUGGGUCGCUGAGUUCCUUCAGCUCCGCUGGGCUGGAAGAGGGAACAGCGGGUCACGAGUGUCUGAAAGAGUGGGGGCCGCGCUUCGAGAAGCUGAAAGCCCUGUACGAGCGGGCGGAGGGCAGCGACCUCUGAGGAAGAGUUCCUGCAGUCGGAGGGGAGGAGGGAGUCCACUACAGACAUUUCGAGAGAACCAGAGGGAUGUUUCUUAUUGUGAAAGCGCCUGCUUUUUGGCUUUCUCUGGUUGCGUUACUUGAUACGAAAUGCUCCCCCUGCGUACCGAGCCAGAUGACAUCUGGGACGCUCAAUGAGCAGCAAAUUGGAAGUGCCAAUCCAAGAAAGGUGGCGUGGUCGUGGCAAUUUCUAAGCCCAGCAUGGGUGUCUUUAUUACAGUGACUUGCGGCUGACAAUGAUUUCAGCGAAACCAUUCGUUGUCUUUGUGACUGACAGUGGGCGAAAUGCCUCGGACGUGCUUCGCUCUGAACUUUGCUGAUAUCCCGCUCUAUAUGUCUGUAUGGUCCGUGUGUUCUUAAAUAAAGGAAAGAUGGAAAGAAAAAUAAAGCGACGUGACCGGGAGGGUUUUUCUCCCUGCCAUCAUUGGCCGGUUUGUGAAAUCAGUUUGCUGCUUGUUUUGUCAGAGUGGCCACUUGUGUUCAUCAAUCAUCACUUCAUACUCGGAUAGCGUUGAUUUCUUUCUUGCUCAACCCUCUGCAUAAUAUCUAUUCUCUUGGAAGCGAGGAUGAAAGAGGCCGUCCGUGGGGAGAAAGACCAAUAAAAACUGAAGAUGUGUGGGAAACACUGAAGAAAAUGAAAUGGAAUGCGGCUUCAUUGUUUGGCAUUUUAAGAGACGUUCCUUGGGAAUACAAAUUGUGUCCUGUCUUUCCAGUCUAAAAGGAGUGAAGGAACAGGUGGAAUACAAAUGCGUCUUAAGAUGGAGGUGGCUGGGGAACAAGGUUGAGCGGCUGACAUGAGGAUGGAAGUUUUCUGUAGUUGAAAACUAUAAAACUAUUGGCUCUUGUGCUUUACUGAGCGGCAGCAGUCCAACAGAUUUAGGGACACCCAAUGAGAUAAAUGAAAGAAUGUGUGUGUUGUUCUAUGUGAUGGACUCAAACGUGAUAUUGAGCAUUAUGGGAGAUAAAGCUUACAGCUCUGCAAUGAGCUUAUGUGGUGGGUGGGAGUUUCACUCCAGCUUGCUUCUUUUCAAAAAAAGUAUCAUGUUAUUAACCAAACCAGCUUACCCGACCGUAUCAUCAUUUCUCCUUCCACUAUAAAUAACCCAGAAUCCUCAUACACAUUGCAUUAUUCACCGCUGCGGUGUAGACGGGCCUCUGCACCAGGUGAGUUUAGACCAAAAGAGAUGUGUGGCUUGCGCGCUAAGGGAGAGCGUGCGGGUGGUCGCAGACCUUAACAUGUAAGGUGUAAUGGGCUUCUGAAGGCGUGCGGUGAGCUGCAUGGGGUAAAGAGAAGGCAAGAAAAGCUUCUAUGUGCCGCUUUGCCACUCCAAAUGGAAUAACUAAAAGUCAUGUAGCCUCUCCCCCCACGAGGCCUCAAAUGCCAACCUUGUAUUUUAUGCAUUUUCAGGCAAUGUUUCUUCCCUUCUUUUUAUCGUUUUCUUUUAUUUCUUUUUGUUUUUUGAAGUGAGAAUGCCGUAUGUGGAGCGUGACAGGCUGGCUGUGGAGAGUGAAGAGUAGGAGUGUGUAAAAAGACAUCAGAGUGCUAAUCCUAAUGUGAACUGAUUGUUCACGGUCAUGCUGUGAACCAAAGGAUCAUGGGAGUUGGAAAACUGGACGGAGAAGUCGUCACUCAUAUUACGGAUCUCAAAAGUGCCAAUUUUUCCGAAGGCAGCAACAAGAGUAUAACAAAGAUUUUUAUACUCGAGGUAAAGCUAGCUGUAGCUGGGAGUGCAAUGCUCGCUAUUUUAUAGGUUAGAAGCCAAUGGUGUUGGAAUCAUCCUUGUAAGGGGAUUGGAGAGAAUACAAUAUGAGAAUGUUCUUGAAAGAAAAACAAUGGGCUUUGUCUGUGAAUCACAGAUUUUCUUAUCUCACAACACCAAUUCCUCUUUGAUUUUGAACCAAGGCCACCUGUUUAUUUGUUAUUUUGUGAAACAAUGUUUUUACCUCAUUUGUGCAUAUCAAAGACGUCAUUGCUUUUUGAAAAGAUAUAAAGGGAUCUAAUGCUUUUUCUGUUUAAAGCUUGUUUUUUUUUCAUGCAUUGUUUAAUCUUUUAGUUGUAACUUGCCAUUUUGUAUUUGCAUUCUUUAAACUGCUUUUCUCUUUUCCUUUCUCAAUAAAUGGAGUUCUUUAAUGGCUUCAGUGAUGCUUUAACAUUAUUGUGCAAUGCAGUUAUAUUCAAAGAAAGCCAGCUUUUAAAUUUCAUCUGUAAAUAUCUUGUCUCUUGAUGAGUCAAUGGGUUAUUUAAACUAAUCUGUAAUUAGCUGAC